GCUUCAAGCGAGCAGAACACCUGACUCGUCACCUCCGAACGCAUACCAGAGAGAAGCCCUACUCGUGUCGAUGCGGCGCAGCCUUCACGCGACGCGACCUGCUCACCCGGCAUUGGCGCAUAACGCACCAUGCUGGCAGUCCCGCGUCAGCCUGCUCGACUGAAGUCGCGACAGCAAUAGGGGCGCAGCCGCAACAGCAGCCGCAACAGCAGCCGCAACAGCAGCAGCAGCAGCAGCAGCAGCAGGAACCGUUGAACGGCCAUCAUCCUGCUUCCAACGGCCUGGGCGUCCCCAGCACAGUCGCCGCACACUCGCGCCUCGUCCCACAGGUCCACCCAAAUCAUCUGGGCUUGGACGCCGCGGCCCCGCCAUUUCAACAUGACCAUUCGCAUUUGAUGACCACGGACCUGCCCCAACCGCCUCCCUGUCAGGACGAGGGGUUGGAGGACUUUCGAGACUUUGUUAAUUUCAUCGACGGCGUGGGCCUGUCAGCUCAGUGGACGCCCGAGUAUGAUUUCGAUUGGAUGCGCCUUGGCGAGCAUCACCAGGAGCCCAGACGGCCUUCUCGCGAGCCCGAAGCGUCGCAGUCACCGGGCCCUGAUGAUAUUGGCACGCCCUUUAGUACAUGGCUGCCAUCGGCCCCAGCUGAUGACCAGGUGAAUCUCAAGUCGCAUGCAGAUGGCGACGCCGACAAUCAAAGAACCAGAAACGGAACUUACAACGUCACCGAAGACCAUCGGAACUUCUUGGUAUCAGUGCUUGGAAGCUUUCCCGCUCCUAUAACAAAUUUCGAGAUCCCCUCCCGGCACACGCUCACUCGCUACAUUACCGCUUUCUUUGGCGGAUUCCAUUCACACUUUCCUUUUAUACACAACCCAACUUACAGCCCGUCAUGUUCACCCCUGGAACUGACUUUGGCCAUGUGCGCUGCUGGGGCACAGUAUUGCUUUGAACGAAGGAGCGCGGAGCGUUUGUUUAACGUGUCGAAAGCCAUGGUGUUUGAGCGUCUUCGCCAGGAAGAGUCGCACUUUAGCCCCCAGACUCUGGCUUUGGUUGUUUCGACUAUCAAUUCACCAGAAACACCACCUACGCCAAGAUGCUCAGGGCCUUGGGCGCCUCUUGAUAUGAUCAAGACACUGCUUAUUUUGGUGGGUUUCGCGACAUGGGAAAGAGUAGGCCUGUUGCAGCAAUCUUUUGCACUCCGAGGAUUACUAAUCCAGGUGCUUCGAGAUGUUGGCUUUGAAGAAGAAGAGACGCGCCUCAACGGUUCGACUUCCCGAUCGGCCAUGUGGGACAAUUGGGCCCAAUGCGAGUCUUCCAGACGCACAAAGUUGGUCUCGUUCUGCUACAUCAACGUACACAGCGUCGCAUACAACUCGAAUCCAAUGCUUUGGAGCAGCGAGCUACACCUACGGCUUCCCUGCUGCACACCAGAGUGGCAAGCCAGCAGUGCUGCACAAUGGAUGGCUCUGCAACGCGAUGGAAGAGAAGAACAAAUGGGGUUCCAGCAAGCCUUGUCCAUACUGCUCCAAAGCUCUACAAACGAAGAGCAAGUUCAUCCCAUUCCUAGCCCCAUUGGAAACUAUAUCUUGUUGCAUGCAAUUCUGCAACGGAUCCAGAUUGUGCGCGAGCUGUCGUUGCCUGCAGCUUCGCCAGCAACCAUUUCCGUCACUGAAAUGCGCGUGAUUGGUCGUGCUCUUCGUGCGUGGACUUCGCUUUGGCAACAAACGCCCGAAUCCAUGUUGGAUCCUAACAACGAGAGUGGGCCCAUCCCAUUCACAUCAAGCGCACUUCUUGUAGUAGCCUAUGUGCGCCUGUCACUGAACAUAGGACCGCACCGCCAUCUCGCAUCACGUGACACAGAUCUAAUCGCAGCCGGCCUCACGCAGCUUCCAGACAUUGAGCGCAACGAUAAUCUCCUCUCAGCGCUACUAUACUCUACGCAUGCGCUUAGUAUCCCGGUCAGGCUGGGAAUAGAUCGCGUUGCUCGCAGCCAAGCCUUUUUCUGGAGUGUGCAGCACGCCAUAUCGAGCUUCGAGUGCGCCAUCUUUCUCGGAAAAUGGCUCUGCUCGAUUCCCAAGCCUUUUCGCGAAGAGAUGCUGUCUCGGUCGGAGCGUCACAUACUGCACUGGGUGCGCUGCAUAAUCAAGGAAGCAUAUGCAGUAAUUGACUUUGAAGAUGUCGAGGAGAGUGAUCACGGUUUAAUAUUACCCAGUGAGCCUUAUGCAGUUGGUCUUGCCGUCUUGAAAAUUUGGACUCGCUUCUUUUGCGGCAAUACCCAGUGGGACUUUGUCGUGAAUCUAGGGUUGAGUUUGGAGAAGUUUUUGAGGACACUGGUGUAGCGUGGAGGUGAGGAAGGGGAGGGAGUGUGUAGGGAUGUUCUCAGAUAGCUCAGCAGCGGCUAGAUGAGUGCAUUAAUGGUAUUCC